GUAGUACUGUCAUAGCACUUGCGCGCUUAACGUGUAUGUUUGGCGAUGGCGUGUUUUUGCUGUGUGAAAUCUAUUUAAUUGUUAAAAAAUGUGUUUAUAAAGUGGUUUAGUUAGUUCAAAUGGUGUUCAUAUUUAGUGUUAAGGGUUGUGUUAGUUGAUAUCGACCCAUGUGUGCGCUGGAAUUGAAACUGCAUUCUCCGGCGGGGGCAGAACCAGUAUUAUACACUUGGCCGUUAACCUCAGGACGAGGAAACGACAAACAUGAUGGUGCCCUUGAAAUCGUCGAAACCAUCAGAUGGGUCUGUGAAGAUCUGCCGGAGCUUAAACUGCCGUUGGAAAACAACAUCCUCUGUGAUUAUGAUACGAAAAAUUACGAGAGUAUGAAAAACCUCUGCGAUCGGUUUAAUCGGGCCAUUGACAGCGUUGUUGCUUUGGAGAAAGGAACAUCGCUGAUAGCCCAAAGGCUGAACAAAUACCCGUCCAGAGGACUACUUCGCCACAUCCUCCAGCAAACGUACAACGCCGCCGUUACCGACCCUGAAAAACUCAACCAGUACGAACCCUUCUCUCCCGAAGUUUACGGCGAAACAUCCUACGAUCUAGUCUGCCAAAUGAUCGAUCAAAUCGACGUUACAUCCGACGAUGUGUUCAUCGACUUAGGUUCAGGAGUAGGUCAAGUAGUUCUUCAAAUGGCUGCAGCAACGCCUUGCAAAAUAUGCUUCGGUAUAGAACGAGCUGAAGUUCCAAGCAGAUACGCUGAAGCUAUGAACAAGUAUUUCCGUACGUGGAUGUCUUGGUACGGAAAGAGAUACGGAGAGUACAAAUUAAUAAGGAGUGAUUUUUUAACGGAGGAACAUCGCGAGAAAAUUAAUCAAGCAACGAUUGUUUUUGUUAAUAAUUUUGCAUUCGGGCCAGCUGUUGAUCAUCAGUUGAAAGAGAGAUUUGCCGAUUUGAAAGAUGGAGCUAGGAUCGUGUCGUCGAAGAGUUUUUGUCCGCUGAAUUUUAGAAUCACCGAUCGAAAUUUAAGCGACAUUGGGACUAUAAUGCAUGUUUCCGAAAUGACACCAAUGAAAGGAUCAGUUUCUUGGACGGGAAAACCAGUCUCGUAUUAUUUGCACAGGAUUGAUAGGACGAAAUUGGAGCGUUAUUUCCAAAGAAUGAAGAAACCACAGCUCAAAAACGGUGACGAUAAUGACAAUUCACGUAGUGCUCGUGAAAAAGCUAAGAGAGAUCUUUCUAAGCAGCUGGGGUCGUCAUCUGAUUCCGACUAUGAUGAUCAAGAUAGCAAUUACGGACCUACAACACGGAAAGCUUGGUCUGAUUAUUGUUCUACUAAAGGUAAAAGUAGUCAAUCAGAAGAAGAGGGUAACAGUAAGAAUGGAAAGCGUCAGCCGAAGAAACUACGAAGAAAAAUACAACGGGGUAAAAAUCAAGCAAACGGUGAAAAACAACAAAAGACAGGUCCGAAAUCUCGCAGAGGAAGAGUGAAGAAAGGUAAACCAAAGAAGACGAUCAAAAUCAACGGUUUGGAUCUUCUACACAACGAAACAUUGCUGAGUACAUCUCCGCAAGCAAUAGGUAAAAAGCUUCCACCAGCACCUGGUUGCGUCGACCAACAAUUAACAGCAUUGAGUACUGAACUUGUUCACAAUGAAUUAGAUAUACCUCAAGCUCCAGCAAGUACACCUUAUGGUCUCCAGAUUCUUUUAGAUAUGUUUAGAGCUCAAUAUAUGCAAAUGUUAAAUCAAAUGAAACAACCGACUUAUAAAACCAGCGUCGAAAAUCAUAUCAAACAAGAAAAAGAAAGAAAUAAAAAACUGCAAAAUCGUGCUGCUCAAUUGGAAAAACAAAUAAAGGUUUUAAUCGAUGAUAGUGUGGCACUUUUGAAGGCCCGUAUGAGCGAACUCGGAAUAAAUGCGACAUCACCUGUCGAUUUAUUAGCAAAAGCCAAGGAAAUUGUUUGUCGGCAUAAAGAACUUCAAGCUAAAGCAAGUAAAUUACAAGGUCAAGUCGCGAGUUUGGAACAAGAACAAAAUAAUCUGGUUAAUCAACGGCAACAAGAAAUUGUUGAAAAAUACAACGGAAGAGAUGCUUGUCACGAAUUAUCACCUAUCGCGACGCAAGAAUAUAUUUUACGUGAAAUAUCGUCGACCUUAGCACAUCGGAAAAAACUCCACAAUCAAGUGUCACGUCUAGAGGGUGAACUAUUAUCGCUAGAGAAAGCAAAUGAGGAAAGAAAACAAGCACAGGCUCUAGCUUCUCGUCAACAACAGACCAGUACGAAAUCAUCGCGGAAGUCUCGCGAGUAUAGAGCCAGGUCACAAGAUUGGCCCGACGUACCUGAUAUUGCCAAAAUCGAAGAACAAAAUCCGGAAAUUCUAGCACAGAAAAUAUUAGAAACGGGACGCAAAAUCGAAGCCAGUAAAAUGUCAGCGAAUUGUCGUAAAAUUAAUCUAGUUCGCAAUAACAUGCCGGCACCACUACCAGUAUCAAAACGGCAAAAGACAAGUUAUUCAUUACCAACGCAAAACAAUACUUCUAGGGCCCAAGAACCACCCAGAUUGGCCGAUUUUGAAGAUCGACUGAAGAGUAUCAUAACAUCAGCGUUGAACGAAGAUCAACAAAACCGAAACCGUGCCCAGUCUUCUUACAAUCAGCAGCAACAUCAAAAUUAUGUCAAUUUCCAAAAUCAAUUUGCUAAAAAUGAAGAUAAACACAAGUUUGCGAAGUACAACCGAUGUGAAACUAUCGUUAAACAAAACGACGAUAAUCGCAAUUUCGUCCAACAGGAAGGUUUAGCCGGCAUGAUGGAAUCGUACAGAACUGAAGUUCCAAAAGUGUCACCACAUGUUUCAAGACAGGUAACGGCGGAACAGCCCGAUUAUACUCAAGUGUCUCCAGCAAAAUUGGCAUUGAGAAGACAUUUGUCACAAGAGAAGUUAGCAGCACAACAUCACAAUUUUAAUUCGUCGGACGGGAUUGUGGCGACGAGAACUAUCGGGGAUUUGAUGUCCGGUGAAAUCGAAAGGACGUUGGAGAUAUCGAAUCAGUCAAUCAUUAAUGCAGCGGUUGAUAUGAGUGAUAUUCAAGGUACGACGACGUUGACAUCGAGAUCAGUGGUUAAUGUGAAUCUUCCUCCAAGACCGGAAAGAGUCAAGGUGACUAAUAAUGAGAUACAGAAGAAAACGGAACCGAUGAGGCAGGUUUAUAGUCCGAUAUCGAGGCCGUCAUCCACUGAGGGUUUGGAAGGAUUAGCAUACACCCCGCUUCCUCGUGCCGACAUCCGACCAUAUCAUGAGUCUUACUUCACUGACGUCAAACCGCCGAUCGAAGGCGAAUCACCAAUUCGCAACAAUUUCGUCGCUGAAGGUUUGGCCGCGAGUUUACAAGCACGUGUUUUGAGUGGGCCUCAAAUCAAAGAAGAAGUGGAUGUUUAUGACCGAAGAAGUUGCGUACAACAAAACAUGUUACCAACCAUACCGUCAUAUCAAGAUCAGAACGGGUCGACCAUCAAAAGCGAAAGCGUCAGUGAUUGUCAGUACAAAAGAGAGUCGCCGAUUAUACAAGGACCGAUUCGUAAUUCAUUGAAACGAAGUUUAGUGGAUGACGUUCAAGAGCCACCACGUGUUAGAAAAUGCAACGAAGAAGAUGCAGAUGUCGAAGAAGAGGGCGAAGAAUCAAAAUGGCAGGAUCGUAUUAGUUCAGGUUUCGAUCGUUUAGUAGCGUUUGCAUCUACCGAAUUAGAUAAAAGAAGGCGAUCGACGGAAGGUAGUGACAGUUGUAAUACGUCACCAGAUUCAGGAAUAGGUCAUGGCGAUUUACCCCCAUCUUCUUUAACAGUAACUCCGGCAAAGCAAGCAUUGAAGUUAAAUCCGAAUUCAAAACCGACUCUUUUUAAAAUGCCAAACAAGAUUUAUUUAGAAAGUCCUCCAAUAGGGGAGGCUGGAAACGAUGAAUCUGGACCGCCUAGAACGCCGUCUCCUUCUUCGCUUAUCAACGUCCCUUUAAAUUACAGCCCGGAACCACCAAAUGAAAAAAGUCAGCCACGUCUGAAUCCGGCUUUACUUAAAUAUCAACGCGAAGAUAAAAAAGUUAAACCGGAUCAACACUAUAAAAAGAAAUUUUAUUACAGAGAACAGUGGAGGGAUGAUUCUUGGCAAAAUCGAGACCACGAUCGAUAUUGUUCGUGGAAAAAUUGAUAAAUUCACUAAAUAAGGCAGUUGUUUCAUUGUUGUUUUAUUUGCGAUUUCACACAGCAAAUGAUUGAAGCGGUUGGACUUGUCUAGUUAAUUUAUACACUGUAUUUAUUUUAUUUAUACUAUUUAUCUCUGCCUAUAUUUGAAACAUUGACUCGGUUUGAGCUUUAUGCUGUAUUUCAUCUUAGGUAAUUAUUUCAGUGACUUCAUUCACGUUUAAAUAUUUAUGGCUUCCAUUUCUUACUUUUUAAAUCCAACAUUCGUCAUGUUAUGUGUUCACGAGAGACUAAUAUUUAAACGUGUAUGUAAGUCGUUACUUGUACCUACGAAUCGUUGUGGUGUUAUAAUUCGAAAUCUUCGAAUUUGAAGUUUUGGUUUUAGGACCAUAACUUCAGAUUUAAUUGCAUCGUUUGCAUCAAGUGCUAGAUGUGGUGUAGGUGUUCUUUUUUAAAUAGGUGGUUGACAGGAUGGUCACACUAGAGAAUUUUCGGUCAACUAGAUAAAUUGUAAAUUUUACGUUUUAGCGUAAAUAAAUGGAGACUGUAAUUUUGUGUUCAUAAACAUUGGAAGGAUUUUAUCGAGUUUCAACUAUAAUUUAUUCAAUUUGCUUGUAAGAGUUAAUUAAUUUUUACUAACGUAUUGAAGACAAACACUGCCUAUUAAAUCUCAUAAAACUGUUUUCAAAAUUAUUAAGUAUAAUUUAUUUGUACAUUGUACAUAUGUUUUUAGAUAUAGUACUAGCUAUUUAGGGAUAUAUAUUGUAAAAAGUAUAGUUAAUUCAAACAUAGGUAAUUCACGUGGGGAAAUCAUUGCCUAUGUUCUUAUAUUUCAAAACCGAUUUUUACGUACAAGUGUAAUACUGCCAUUUUCAUCAUUAAUUCAUACAUUUAUAUGAAAAAGUAUAUGUCAUUUAUAACUAAUAAUUGACUUGUACUUGUUAAAAGUGUUAUGCUUGUAAUAUUUUAAAGUAGUUCAAAAGACUCAAUUGCACCGUUUCGUAUCAUUCACACGGUCUUCAAUCGUAUUUUUUGAGGGUUUCAACUUUUACUGUACAAAGACUAAGAAACUGGCAUUGCAAACAUUUUUUUAAAUAUAUUUGUAUAUAUAGAACACGAAUUAAGUCAUUUUUUUAUUAUGUUGGAUGUUUUAAUCAAACUCGCGAUUUUGCAAAUACAGUUUUUUUUACGUUAUAUUCGGUCCUUUUUUAUAGAAUCAAAGUUUUUCAAGUGAUAUUUUUGUCUAUUUUGUACAAAAGUACUUUGUUAUUUUUAUGGCCUUAUUGUCUUUAUCUAUUUCAUUUGUUGUCUUUCGCAUUAUAUUAUAGUUUAUUUUUUUAGUACUAAACUUUAAUGUUAACAAGUUUUUUUCAAGUUUUGUUUGUUAAAUUUUAUUUCUGUGCACCAUAUUAUUACUGUCAUAUCCUUUAAUCAAUUUUUUCGUAUAAUGUUUUGUCAUUUCAUGAAACCCAUAAUGAAGAAGCCAAAGGUUUUGUCUAAUUCAACGUUUUGUGACUGAAUUUUUCUUUUUUUUUUAUUCUUAGUAAAGAAUUCAUGGUCGAAAAUAGAAAGGAUAGCUCUCAGGAUUACUAUGAAUGUGAAUAAGACUAGGAAUAGAAUGUAUGUUACAUGUAAACAAUAAGUUGGUAAUUAUGGUAUCCUUUUAACUGCCAUUAAUUUAAUAAACACUUCUAUGUAA